GGGAAAUCUUAAAAGUACAGAGAAAAGAGAUUUGAAAUUUGCAAUUCAUAAUUCCCUCUCCUCUGUUCUUCAAACCCUUUCCUUUGCCUCCAUUUCCUCAGCGAUCAAACUGCAUCUUACAAUGGCUGGAUCUGCCAAAAGGGGAAAAACUAACGACGAUGGCAAAGCCAAGAAGAUAUCUCCUUACUUCAAUUUCUGCACUCUCAACAGAGCUAAAGUUAAGGAAUCCAAUCCCCAAACCCCCGUUAACAAGGCGCUCUCUAUGCUCUGGAAAUCUCUCUCAGACAAAGAGAAGGCUGCUUACGGCCAUCCAGAUCCUCCUCCACUCACAAUACCAGCGGAACUCCAGAAACAAGACGAAGAACCGAGCGCUGAUAAUAAUAAUAUCGCUGAAAUUGAUGAUGGCGAUGAUAAUAAUGGCGAAAUUGAGGAGGCCGUCAAUAAUUCAAGUGCGCCGCUGUUUCCUCUUACUCGAGUGCUCCGCAUAAUGAAACUGGACAGAGAUAUCGGGAAAGUGAACCGCGAUGUGCGCCUCGCAGUGGCCAUUGCUACCGAGAAUUUCGUCCAGCUCCUGGCCGAAGCUGCUUUCAGAAUCGCCGUGGAAAAAAAGCACAAGACCAUCAGAUUUGACCAUGUUGUCACUGCCGUAUCUCGGCAGAAGAGAUUUGCCGACUUUUUAGAGGAUUCCAUCGCCUAUAUUGGUAAAGGGGGUGCCGAUCACAGCGAGGAUGAGAAAGAGGAAGAGGAGGAGGAAGAGGGAAGUUCGCCUAAACCCUCGAAAAAAUCCGGCAGGGCGCGGCCGCCUCCUCCUCCCGGGACGCGCAGCAUAACAGAUUUCUUCGCUUCCAAAGCGGCUCCGCCGUCGUCUGAUUCCUGAGCUGACUAUAAUUUUGUCAUAAGUGCUCAUGAUUUGAAAUGUUUUUUAGUUUUGAUUUUCUAACCCUAAAGCUACUACUACUUUGGUUUGUAAGACUUCAUUAUUUCUAAUGAAAACACUAGAGGACUUCGAUCCGUGCCAUUUCCUAUAAUUUGAA